AUGGCAGCGUCGGGUACAAGAAAACACCGUAUUCCCAGAUCCCUUCUCCCAGAAAGGACCCCGCAGCACUAUUACCCCCACCAAGACAUGGCCUAUGCUCCUCAUCCAUACACAGUCAUGAAUGCUCAAUCUUAUGUCCGCCCACAGCAACAAGCCAACCGUAACCAAGCUCUAUUUCCUAGAAACCAGCCUCCUUACCAAAACCACUACAACCCCCGUCCUCUACAAAACACUUUUCCCCCUCGUGAGCCACCUAGAAGGCCAAAUUUCACACCAAUAGGCGAAUCCUACUCCAGUCUGUUUCCAAAGCUUGUCCAAAUGGGUAUGCUCCAGCAGGUUCCUCAAACCAGGCAAAACCCAACAUCACCCGCUUAUAGAGCCGAAAAGAAACCAAAAGCUGCCCCGAAGCAAGACAAGGGGAAGAAAAAGAACAAAACCACCCCUCCAAAAUCAGAGAAGAAAGUUAAAGCGGGGAUUGGGGCAACACCUCCCAAAGAUGUUGUUCUCUAUGUGCCUCGGGGCCACAAAGAAAAACAGAUGACUUUGAGUCCUCCUAGGAGAUUCGAGUUGAACAAGGCAGCCCAAAUGUAUGUGCCCAAAGGAGCCUAUGUGAUGCGGGGGCCAAUUAAUCCACCAAGGCUGAGUGAGCCCGUGGUUAAUGGACGCACGCCGCAGAGGCCCAUGACAAAUCCUACUGUUGUGCCCUAG